GCUGAGUCCACAUGCAAAAAUACAGAAAAUAUUUAUUAAACAGCUUUAAAUUGGUGCAUUUUUUUAAUAAAGCAGUUUGCAUAAUGCUUGAAGCUGCAAAAUAUUUGAACUUAAAAUUAGAGAUUUUUUUUAAAGAUAUGGCUUCAAGUUGGAAUGAUUUCACAAUCAAAUAAGGACCAGCACAUCAUAAACACUGAAAAAAUUUACAAACAGGACUUACACUCUCCCACCAACCAAACAGCAGAAAAAAUACAAGUGCAAUUACUGGCUGCUAUGUGAACUGUUACCUACCAAAUGGUUUUCUUACACUACUGAGAUUUUUGACUCCAUACUGCAUGCUUUCAACAAAUGUGGUUUUCAUUUCACCCAAGAAACACAGGAUCUCCUUUUUAAUAUCUAUAUUUAAAAAGCUAAGUGUUUGACAUUAAGUUGUCUCUAGUAAAUAGCUGCAAGGAAGCAAAAUGUUCAAAGUUGGAAACAAAUAAAGAAUUACUACCCUGCAGUGGUCAAAUUCAUAUUAAAUUCCUAAGAUGGAAAUCCACAGGUGCAGAAAGAAAGGUUUUGGAGAAAGGCAAAAUGGUAGAUUGAAGUAUGAAAACUUUAAAGUGGGUGAGAACUAUGUGGGAAAUAUGAUUCUUUGAAUGUUUUUGAAAAGUAAGGCAAUGUCUUGUAAAGACAGCACUGGGAAAAUGACAGAUUCCAUGGUGGCCUGAGAGGUCAGGAAAAGAGAAUGCAUGAUGUGCUGUGCUCAGUUAUGUCUUCAAGAAGAAAGAAGGACUUGGAGAAAUGGGCAUGUGGAAAAAUGUGAUAAGCAGAGAAAUAGUUGAACAUGAAUAUUUGGAAAUCAUUACAUCCUCUCAGGUGAAAUAAAAGAAUAUCAUCAUUAGCAAAAAUGGCACAACCUCAACCAGCAGAGGUAGAUAAACAGUCAUUGACCACCUGAACUGCAAGGAAAAUUUGGGGUGAAGCACACACUGAAAAAAUGGAAGUUGCAAAGACCUGUUUAAGAGAAUGGUUAGAAAAUGAAAAAAUAUUACUCUUUCAAAGAGGGAAAAACAAAUCAAUACUUCAGAACUGGAAAGGCAAUAUGAAGAAAUAGAUAAUUUUAAUUAUUUCUGAAAUGUUGAGGCAAGAUGCGAACAUUAAGAGCACAAUAUUAGAAGAUCACUUUCUCCUCCCUCACAUUUUCUUGAAAAUCAUAUUUGUGACAUAAGUCUACUCCCAUGGACACACUGAACUCCAACAUGAAGUAGCUGGUUACAAUAAGACAUCACAUGAAUUGGAAAUUAUGAUUGACAAAAAUAACCUAAGGCAAUGAGCAACUAAGGAAGGACAGAGGAAGCUGUUGAAGGUGCUGGAAUCAGCCUCAGAAGCAGCAAGUUUUCUGAGAUAAUUAUCAGGCUCUGAAGAGAAGAACUCUGCACAAAAAAUCACUGGACAAGAGCUUUUACCUACAGAAGGAGCUGAGACACUCCACAAGAUUAAUUCAGUCACAUGCAGCAAAUUGUGGCUGAUGUCAGGGUCAGAGUAACCCUGGUAGAAAGCACAAUUUACCUUGGAAAUGAGGAUCAUGCAAAGUCUGGAAUCUCAAUCUCCAAAAGAAUGUGCUGCUCACAAUAUAUUGUUCAAAAGGAACAAGCAUUUCUAGAAUGUGUUUUCAAAUAGAAAUUUUUCAUGUUUUAGUUAAGGGUUUUAGCAGUGUGAUGACAGAAUGUGGGAAAAUAAAGCCUUCACUACGAGAUGGAGUCCUGGCAUCGCUCAAAAGCAAAGGACCACAACAGAAGGUAAACAGAGCUUGAGAUAAUCAAACCUGGCGCCAGUGAAGGAACAAGGAUUCACUUGGCAAAGAAACACUUCUCAUAGACACAGAUUUGCUCGUCACUGUUUUGAAUAUGGAACUACAAGCACAAACUUGGUCAGAGCAUGUGGCUGCCACGAUAAGCGCACUGCACGGACAGGAGAGGGUCUUACCAAGCAGAGAAGGAAUUAGAAGAUGCAGGCACACCUGAUGAAAAGGUUAACAGUGCUGGAGAAGAAAAUUUGAAUAUCAGAAUAAAAGAGCUGGAAAAGUCUGAGGAAAAACUGAAAAAUGUUCUAGAGGAGUAUGUGGAGUCAGAUUCCAUCCUAAGAAAUAGGAUGAAAGAGCUGGAGCGGUCCCACAAAACACUUCUUGUGAUGAUUGAUCAGCUUUGUGUGAAGCUGGACCAGGUUGAAAAUGCCAAUCUGCGCAUUAAAGGGAAACUGCAAAGCAUCCAGGAGGACCUGAUGCACUUGGUUGAAAACCAAAAGAAGUCAGAGAAGAAGCACAAGGAAAAAUUGCGUUGGCUUCAGGAGCAGCUGAAGACAAAGGAAGAUGAAAUAAAAAGCCAGUCAGAAUAUUUUGAGCACUACAAACAAAGGCAGAGACAACAGACAGAAGUACUGAGGAAAAGGGACUGUUACCUUCAGGGUGAGGUAUCUAGGCUGGAAAAGCAAGUCCUAGAUCUUAAUGCCCAUGCUGCUUUUUUGACAUCCAAGUUAGAAGAGGGAAUGGUGCAGCACCUCCAGCAGAAGCUGCAGUCAGUGUGCAGUGGGGCUCAGGGCUGUAAACACCCUGGCAGGGAAGAAAUGGAAUGGAAGAGUUAUAUUGAAAAUGUGGAGCAUGAUGUGAAAAGCCACUUCAAGGCAUUUCAGCAAAACCUGAAGUUCUUGAGGGAAAAAGAAGAGAACACUAGAAGAGAACAGGCAGACCUGCUGACUGAACUGCAGUGCUCUCAGAACACUGAAGACUUCCUCAGAACAAAAUUGGAAGAAUCUCACCAUCAUGUCUAUAGUUUAAAAUUAUCUGAAAUCAAACUACAGGAAAAAGUGGAAGAGCUUUUAGAUGAAAACAGAACUUUAAAAGAUCAAGGUAUUAUGAAGUUGAAAAAGAAGAAUAAAAAAUACUCAGAACUUACAAGAUUGGUGGAUGGGGACAACAGUGUUGACCUGAAUGGAGAGCUAAUUCAAGAUGAAGUUCAGAAUCUGAAAUGGAGGGCAGUCUUGGAUUCACUCAGAAGCAGAGCUACUCAAACUCCAGUUGUGCUGCUACAAGAUAAAGAGUCUGAAACACCAGCCUGUAGUUGUGAGGGACCAAAACAGAUGGAGGAGGUACCAGAAGACCUUGUACCAGUUUUGGAAUGCAGUUCCAGAGCCUUUGUGAAAGUUGCUGCUCUAGCUGAGACUGAGCAGGUCACCCUUGGACCACAGAGGGCAAAUACUCUGGAGGACACUUCCACUUUGCUCAGGUGUACCCCAAGUCAUCACGCAGCAGGACUGCUUCCCCCUUGUUCUGAGAAGUUACCCAAUGGUGAGACAAGUAAGGGAACUGAAGAUGAAGAAACCCUUUUUCUCUUGAAGGAGCACACUAUAACUCUACCAGUGAAGACAUUCCGUGCUUCUGUGGUUGAAAUCUUAAUGAGGAAGGAGCUCCAACUGACUUUGUUUGAGCUUGGAAGAUGUCACAUAACAGCUUUCACCACUGAGGAGAAAGUGAGGAAUUUCAGUUUCUGUGAGACAAAUACAAAUCUUUGGUCAGAUGGCCUUUGCAUUGUUGCAGAAGGAGGAUUUUAUGACAGAGCUACUGAACUUCUCCAUAUAACAUUGCCUUCCACUGUGGCUGAAAUUUUCACAUCUAUAGAAGAAUGCAACAUGGAAAAACAUUGGGGAAACAAGCAAAUUCUGCCAGGAAGUGUGAGUGAGAACAGAUGUCUAGAUAAAGAUGUUGAUAAUGAAAAGUAUCACCAAAAAAUCUUUACAGGGAGAGCUGAAAGAGAAGAAAUACAGAAUGACAAAGCCCUACAACAACAGGUGACCUGUGGUCUUGAGGAAAGUUCUAAAAUUUCCUACAAAACUGAAUUAUUCAGUCCUGGGAAGCAAGGAAUGGAAGCCAAAGAGAAUCUCCAUAGCAUGCAGGGUGCCCAGAGUUUAUCUGUUGAUUUUAAAGACUUUAAAAAAUGUGUCAAAGGGAGUCGUGAACGAAUGGAGAAAGAAGAAAAUAUUUCAGAAAUCUGCAUCCCUGAUGUGAACAGUGGAUGUAAUGGAGAAGACAUAAUUGAAAUUGAAGGGAAAGGAAAGCAGACUCAGAAACCAACUCACCAAACAAGCCCCUCCAGCAACAUUGGCCUGACAAAAAGGAAAGACCAGACCUUGAAACUACGUGAACCAAAUAAGAAUUUCUCAUGUCAAAAAGCAGCUGCUAAAAUUGUGCAACAUGAAUACUCUCAGAAUUUUUUUUCAUCAAAUGAAGAGAGGUAUCCACUAAACUUGCUGUUUCCUCUGCAAGAGGGGCCUGUGUGCUUAAGCAAACUAUUCCAGCCAGGGAACAAUUUUUAUAAAUGUAUCUGUCAUCCGUCAACCUGGGGAGCUGGAAAUGAGUGUAACGUGAGAAUAUCUGUACUGGAAAAGGCAGUGGCUGCGUGUUCUCAGGGGAUAUUUCUGCUGAUGCAAGAGAAUGAGAAUUACUCCAAAAAAGUCUGUAUAUUGCAACAGGAGAAUGACAGAUAUGCUCAGAUGAUGUGUGCCCUGGAAGAGGAGAUGGAUGCAUAUUUUCAAAAUGUUUUAGCAGCAGAUGAAGCUAAUGUUCUUUCAUUCCAAAACUUAUUUAAUGAGAAAGAAGUUGCUGGUGGAUGUUAUAACAACUUUACAGAAGAAAGUACCAUGACCCCAGCAACAUUUUUAGUUGCAACUUUUUCUAAGAAUCUCUCAUAUACUGAAGAGAAAAACAGGAAUUCUGAAAAGGAUUCAUGGACAAGUGCAUCAAAUAAACUUCAUGGGGGCGUUCUAUUCCUGAAUAGAUGGAAAAUGAGGUACUUCCAGCUGCUUUCUGACCUGAAAGAAGAAAGAAGCAGGUGCUUCAAAGAAAUGGCUAAAUUAUUACAAGACAAGGAGAACUAUGUAGCACAAUAUAAUGAAUUAAUGCAAGAGAGAAAGAGAAAUUUACAAAGAAUAGCUCUUUCAGAAGGCGAAAAAGAAACUUUGUUGAGACAUUUGGCAGAGAUAAAGUGUGAGCAAGACAAAUACAGGACCUUAGUUUCAGAACUCCAAGACUGCAAAACUAGCUGUUAUCAAACCAUUUCUCACUUACAGGAAGAAAAAUGUGUACUGCAAAGAGAGAUAGACAGAAUCAAGCAAGAAACUUCAGAACAGCUUGAUCAAUUUCAGAAAGCAAAUGUGAACAUUAUUUUAGAAAAUAAAAAUUUAAAAGAAUUAAUGUCUUCUCUGGGUUUCACCUAUGAAGAACUAAGAAAAGAGAAAAGUAUAGGAAUAAAGACAAAUAUAAAACUGAAAGAAGAAAGUCAACAACCUGGUCUUAAGCCAAAGAAAGUUGAAACAGCAUGUAGUGUAACACAAACUGAAGAACAGGGAGCUCUGGCUGUAGAUCCUUCAGAUUAUUCCCCUGGGAAAAAGGGCAGCAUGUUUGAAAGCUACAGCACAAUGAAAGAGCAAGUUGGAAAGGUGGAAGAGAAACUAAAAAUACAGCAAAAGGAAUUAGAAAAAUCAAAAAAAGAGGCUCAGAAGUGGUACAGAGAGCUUGGUUUUGCUGAAACAAGGUAUGAAGAAACCAAAACUCGUUUGAUGCAGGCUCUAUCAGAAUUAGACCACCUCAAGCAAGAAGUUGGGGACAAAAUGCAGGGAAAGCAGAGCUGCAAAUUAAUGCCUGUGUACACAUUGAAGGAUGCCCAGGAAAAAGAGAUUAAUAAAAUAGCCAGUAAGAGAUUAGAGCAGCAAGUGUUGACCUUGAAAGCCCAGCUCAGGGACCAGGCUGCAUUACAAAAUCAGUUUCAUGACUUGCAGAAUGAAGUGGAACUCCUUCAGGCUCGGCUAUGUGAAAAGGAGAAAGAACUGCAGAAGAGGAAGUCUGAAGUCAAGUUGACAUUAGCUCCUCUGAAGGCUAAGCUGGCUUGCCUCACCCAAAAGUGCCAGGAAAGGAACAGCUUCAUUAGGAGAAUGCAUGAUGAAUUCCACAGGCAAGGAUUUAUUAACUCUGCAUUUGAUGAAGAGAUACAGAACCUGGUGAAUGACAUGACCCUGGCAGAGUACACGGCUGCUUUUACACCAAUGUGUGAUCAAGAGAAGCGGCCUUCCUGCACAGAUGUUUCCCAGGCUAAUGGACAGCCAGAGGAUUGUGUGGCAGGUGCCAGAGGGAGCAGGAGGAUUGGGUCAGUACCUGCAGACUCUCAGCCAGGGAGGGAUGGCCCCCAGAGUUCUCCUCUCACCCCAAAUGUGAGUGCUGGUUCUUCUGUUGGAAUAGCAAGCCCAGAGAGGAUCACAGCCUUGCAUGGAGAACUAAGAGAAAACCAUCCCAAAAACUGCCAGCUGUCCCCUCCAGCUCAAGCCCUUGGGCUGGUCCCAGCCUGCCCAUGAUCCACAAGGAAGCCCCCUGGCCUCUGCUGCCAGGGCUGGAGGAUGCUGCAGUGCCCUGGAGCAUUCCCUGCUCCGGGCCACGGAGGGGAGGGAUCGGCCGUGGAAACACCACGGCAUCUUCUGGGCUCAGAGGGGAAAUCAGCAUGCAGGUGCUACUGCCCAGGGAGUGAAACACAAAAAUGCCAUUGUGAAUGAGGCAUGGCUCUCUGGAGAAAAAACAGAUGGCUCAACCCCAGCUACCACAGCAGAAAGCUAUUUGCCAGACGUGUUGUCAGCAAGUAAUAAAGGUCGAUGUCCUGUGGGGAGAAAUCAGCUGCAUGGGAAAGGAUAAAACCUGCAGAAAUAAAACAAGCUGUGCAUGCAGUCUCACUUAACUAGAAAGAAUUCAUCGGGCAAGUUAAAAAGACUGAAUUGAAACCUUAAAUUAAGGGGUAAAUAAGAUUAUGCAGUGGAAGUUCUGGUCACACCUUGACUGCACUUCAGGUUAAAAAUUCAGGGAUGAGUUUACCUUGGUUCAAUCUGUAUUAUUUAACAGUGGAGAGAGGCAUCCUGAUGUUCAAUUCAGAGAUGAGGAUGAACUAGGAUGUUGCAAUAACUUACAAUGCAGAAUGCAAGGGAAGAAUGUAUCAGUCACACAGAAGAAGCAGUAGAGCUCUGAAGGAUGGAUGAAAUGUGGUUUGGCCUGAAGGUGACUGCAGCUGCUCCAUUAUGGGAAAAAGUGAGAAGUUGUCCUAAGUUGCCAUCUGCGUUGCCAUUUUAGCCACCUGCUGUAGUGGAAGCUGGCCAUGCACACCAAUCCAAAGUGUGGUUUGAGUCUGAGUUUUGUUUUGUUUUCUUGGGAUCUCAGUAUUUGCAUUUUAAAGCAAUUACCAAGUUAAGCACAAUCUCCAUCUUCAUGGGUCUGCUUAUGUGGAUAUGCAGUAUCUUCAGCCUUGUGUGGCUUUGAGCAUUCCUGAAAGAGCCUUUGAUCUGAGUUGGGAUGUUUAGUAUAUCUGAGGAUGUGAUACUUGAGGGUACAAACAUGUUUAGCAAAUGAGACAGAACGGCAUUUUUACAAGGGGAAGUUGGAAUUGGGAAUGAACUUCAUGUGUGCUGAGAGGCACUUGGAACAUCAAAGUGCUCUGUCCUGAUACUCUGAGUAUUUCAACCACAUGAAUAGGCCACACUGAAUUUAACUUUCAGAUAAAGCACUUGCAGGCACACAUGCUUCUCCUGAAACAGGAAUGUUUGUGCACUCUGGCUGGCAGCAGCACGUAUGACGCAAACACAUUUUGCAACCAUGCUGCCCAAUACAGAUUACACUCCACAGCCCUACUGUUCACCUCUGAGCACCCUUUGGGAAGGCAGGAGAUGGGAGUGCAGGCACCAGACCUGGACCUAAGGAGUCCUGUGGAUCUGUUCUGUAACUAGAGGCACAGGCAGUUGAGUCAGUGGCAAUACUCGUGCUGACCUGGAUGGCAGCAGCUGCUCUCCAACUCUUACAUUGUGAUGCACUUUCAGCUUUGAUAACUGUUUUAUGACUUGUAUUUCCCUUUUUCUUUUUUAACGAGCUAACUGCUAGGAUGUGCUGUCUUUACAAUGCAUAGUUGCCCAGUAAUUACAGAUAUCCUUUGAAAGGAAGCAGAAGAAGAAUAAACCGUGGAAUCCCAAAUCAGAUUAAUGUAAUGUGCAUUUCUAGAUUACAAUUAGUAACAGGAUGACAUGUUGUCAUGGUAACAUGAAGCUUAACUACAAGUUCCUAAAAUAAAGCAAUGACAUAUGUGUAGGUUUCUAUCCAUUUGCAUACUAUCCACAUGAAAACAUACAUAAUUUCUACAACACUCAGGCAAUUAAACCCUACUUCUUUCUUCUGAAUUAAGUGUUGAACUAAAAUAUCAGGCCUCUUUCCUAGUAUUUAUGCAAAAUCUCCCACUAUAAAUUAUAAAUGUUGAUAAUGAAGCCAUCCAUUUUGUAACAUCUUAAGCUUUCUGCCUUUUGGUUUCAUUUUAGAACAAUUAGUGUAAGGAAUGUAGAACACUCUUCUUUCUUUGUGGUUUGUGCCACAUAUAUCUUGAAAUUCUACCACCUCCUCAUAUGAAAAUUGUCCAACCAAUAUUGGAAAAGUCUUCUUAUUAAUUACAUUGAUAGACCAGUGGAUGUGUUUCAUGUGGCUGAGAAUUGGGAACUAAAACCCCAACUUUACCUCAAAUCACUGGAAGAAAGCAGUAAACUUUUCACGUGAGAUUGCUAGCUAAGACAGAGAGCCUAGUUAUUAUUUUCUAGUUGCCUUACGGUGAAAAGUGUUGUCUACUUGUUAGAGAGUCUGAGUAUCUUUCACUAAGCAGAAGUUAACUUGUUUAAUGUGCUGUCUGUGGUAGAGUUACCAGAGCUUUAUGUGUAUUGUCAUUUCAUGGUAAACCUUCAGAGAAUGAAAAAUUGGGCGCUUUGUUCUGAUUGCUUUAUAUGCACAACAUUGUUUUGGCCAAAUUCUUUAGUCAAAAUUAAGAUGCUGCUAAGUUCUGUGAGUAAAUGAAAUCUCCUUCUGUCACCCUAAUUAGACAAGAUGGGCAAUGUUACAUGGAAAAUAUGGUUUCUUUGGCAGUUCACUUAUUUAUGUAUACUUUACUGUAUAGACCAUUGGAGGAUAUUGAAAAUACAGCUUACAGGUUGCUCCUUAAAUGACCUUUAAAUCCCAAAUUCUAUUCUUCACACCACUAUGGUUGGCAAAUGCUGCAAGUACAAUGAUUGACUCUGGCGUGAUAAUCACGUUAUAUUCAGAAUAAUGGAGUUGCUGGGAAAUGUGUCACAUACACAGCAGAGUUCCCAGGAUAAGCUGCCUGCUAAAGCAUGGCUGAUGUUUGUCCUUGUGGCCUUUUGAAAAGUGGAAACUCUGAUUUUUGUGUUUCAUAAAUCUACCUGUAUUUGCCGAUGAAGGUUUUUAAUAUUUGAAUUUACUGUGGUUAUGGGGUGGAGGGAGGGACAUGUGCAUGCUGGGUUUUGCCACUAAUCCUUUGGAAAUCCUUUAGUGCCUUAAGGAGGCAGAGGGGUAACAGGCCCUAGGAUUACAGAAACUUGUUCAAACCUCUUUCCUGCUUUAGAAGAAUUCCUUUAAAAUAUCUUGUGCCUUUGGCUCUAAAUAUAUUUGCAUUAGAAAUCAGUAGCCAUGGGAUUAUGGACAGGAAUUUUUGCCCCUGUAGAAAUGUUAGGAAAGAGAGCAUACUAUUUCUUGUCUAGGAUAUCAUCUAAAAAUAUAGCUGACUUAAAUUCUACAGUUGGAAUCCAUACUAGGAAAGUUGCAAGUUGCAGUUAAAGGCAGAAAAAACCCACAAAAAAUGGAGAAAGCUUAAAUAUACUGGACUAAAUGCUUUUUCAUUGAAGUGACUGGCAAAUUUCCAUGGGGUUUCUUGGGACCAAGAUUUCAUGCUUGCUUCUACUUGGCUUAAGAAAUUCUCAGAUGUGGUAGAUAUGUGGGUAUCAUGUUCUAUUUAAUGUUGUAGGAGAGGAAAAGAGAGAUUAGUAGUUUUGGACACCUGCCUUGAUUUGGAGUUUCUGGGUAUAAAUCUGUGGUAUAAAUCUCUGUUCACUAUUGUUUCUCUGUGUAAUGUGGACUCUUGCUUUGGGAAUAUGAAUAUGCAAAUGUAAAUUCCAAUGUGAGAGGUUCCUGUGCAGUGUGCACGAACCGAUGCCAAACAACUACAUUUCUCUACUCUCUGAACUGUGGUAUUUUUCAAAAAGAGGGAAAAUGUAACUAACAGAUGAAAACCACUCCAGUGCCAAAAAAGCCAGCAUGAGGCAAUUCAUAUAUCACUCACUGAUGGUCCUAAGCAGCUCUUAGGAAAAGCUGAAUAAGCUUUUAACUCAUGAGUGAAUUUUAUCUUCUAGGAGUUAAGAACAAUUUGUUGGUACAGAGCUAAAUUAAAAAAAAAAAAAAGAAAAAAAAAAGAAGGCCUGAAAAAUCAGACUGCUGGUGGUCUUCUCUUUUGCUCCCUGUGAUGACAAGCAAGUUUUAAAGAAUUUGUAAAUAGUUAAAAGAAAAUCAUUACGUGGCUCGCAGUAUGUAAGACAAGGCCCAGCAUGAAACAGAUUUUUAUAGCUCAUUUAUAACUUUACACUUCUGUCUUUUGUUUGGAACUUGGAAAAGGAAACCAUGUAAAUUAAAUAAGGAGUGAAGACUUACUGCACAUAUUUGUUGACUGAAACAAAAAUAUUUCCCCACCUCCUGAGGUAUUUAUGACUAAUCUGGGAUGAAUAAUGUAUGGAGAUCUUGCCUUGUGAGCUCUAGUGCUGUGCAACUGUUUCACACUUUUGAACAGCCAACAGAGGAGUGGUAACCAGAAGUCAUGAAGAGCAGUUGUUAGGGCCACAAAUUUGGAUCCAUUUGAAGAGGUACCAAAGAAUGCACAAAAAAGCUGGGAUUUAUGUUGUGAUACUUAUUGAGCAGGUGUAGCAGUUAGACUGGGGAGGGAGGGGUGUUUGUAAAUAAAUGCAAAAAGUUUAAACUCUGACCCAUGACCACCCUGCCACUGGGUGUCACAUUAGUUCUGGCUAUGUGAGAAGCUUCAAUAGUAUAAAAGAGGCCACUCAUAUUUUAACUGUUUCAUUAAAACCUUCUGGAUAACUCUUCAGCAAAGAUUUCCACUCUAAGACAUUUGCCAUUGAUAUCAACUGUACAUAUGUAUUAAUAUUCAGUGUAACUAGGAGGAUACAGAAUUGUAAUGAAGUCACAAAGUCUACUUGAUGAUCACAGAUUUGUAACUCUCACAAAUUAUGUAAGAUAUGUUGACAUUUUAUCUUGUUAACAAGAUGUAUUUUUCUAUGUUAGCUAAAUGUAUAAUUUGUAUAAUUUUGUAUAUUAAAUGUAUGCAUAUUUUAAAUUAAAAACAUUAUAAUUUUA